ACUACCCCAUGCUGUUCGAGGUGCACAAUGCAGCGGCCAACGGAACAACACACGCGCAUCCUCCGUCACAACCCAUCUGUACCACUCUCCAUCCCUCCCCAUACUCCAGCCUCCCUCCACAUAGACUAUCCCGUGCUGUUCGAGCAUCACUCCUUAUAGAUUACCCCAUGCUCUUUGAGGUGCACAACGCAGCGGCCAAUCGCACGUCGCACUCUCAUCCUCCAUCACAACCCAUCUGUGCGCAACGCAGCGGCCAAUCGCACGUCGCACUCUCAUCCCCUGUCACAACCCAUCUGUACCACUCUCCAUUCACUCCCACCCUCCCCAUCCGGCCAGCAUCACUCCACAUAGACUACCCCAUGCUCUUUGAGGUGCACAACGCAGCGGCCAACCGCACGUCACACUGUGGCGUGUUGGAGUUUAUCGCAGAAGAGGGAUAUGUGUACAUGCCGUAUUGGAUGAUGCAGAAUCUGCUGCUGCAAGAAGGGGACAUUGUGCGAUUCAGAAACGCCACCCUCCCUAAAGGAACCUACGUGAAGCUGCAGCCACACACCAAGGACUUUCUAGACAUCUCCAACCCCAAGGCUGUGCUCGAGAUGACUCUGCGAAGCUUCUCCUGCUUGACGAAGGGGGAGAGCAUCAUGGUGGCAUACAACAAUAAGCGCUACUUCAUUGAUGUUGUGGAUGCGCGCCCAGCUGCAGCCAUCUCCAUUAUCGAGACGGAUUGUGAAGUCGAUUUUGCGCCGCCACUCGAUUAUGUGGAGCCGGAACGAGUGCCUACACCCGUUAAAGCACCUGCUGCUGGUGCUGCUGCUGCUGCUGCCGGCGGCUCUGAAGCUGGAGGGAAGAAGGGCGCUGGGAAGGACGGAAAAGCAGAAGCAGCCCCCCCACCUGAGGAGCCCGCCUUCACGCCAUUCGUCGGCACCGGCAGGCGAUUGGACGGCCGCCCAGCAGCCUCCCCCUCCUCGCCUGCCACAUCAGCAGCCGCCACGUCAGCAGCAUCAAGGGAGGGCGUAUCUGGGGCAGGCGGGGCCGGUGGGGCUCGUAGCAGUGGUGGUGGCGCUGGGAGUAGUAGUUCGGGUGGUGCUGCUGGUGGUGCUGGUGUGGCGAGUGGGGGGAGGAAGGAGGGUCGGCUGGUGUUUGGAUCGGGAGACGGAGCACCACGAGCGGGUCCCAAGGCCCCAAAGAAAAAGGAGGAGCCUCAGAAGGAAGAGCCACAAAAGCCAUCCUUCCAAGCCUUUUCUGGAAAGGGUUUUUCUUUGCGCCAAAGCCAAGCUGAUACUGGGUGGUUCGAGCUGCAUAGAACUGGCAAGGCUGUGCUGAUAGUGGGUGGUUCGAGCGGCAUAGGGCUGUGCAUAGGAGAGAUGGCGGUGCAGCAGGGGGCGAGGGUGGCGAUCGCUGCUCGUAACAAGGACCGGCUGGCCUCAGCACACAAGCAGCUAGAGGCUUUGCUUCUACCCGACACCCCCUCGUCUGAUUUCCUCCUGUCCGUGGCGGCCGAUGCGGCGAAUCUGGACGAUGCAAGGAGAGCCAUUGAUCAAGUGGUGGCCGCGUUUGGACGGCUGGAUGUGGUGAUCUGCUGCCAGGGGCAGAGCACCCCACAUCAAUUCGAGUUUGAUACCGUGGAAAAUCAGCAGCAGCUCAUGAAUGUCAACUACUGGGCGUCAGUGUAUGUCAUCCGAGCAGCGCUGCCAGCCGUGAAACGGGCCGGCAAGGACGGGCGGAUAAUGCUGGUGUCGUCUCAGGCAGGGCAGGUGGGUAUCUAUGGCUACACAGCCUACUCGGCCGCGAAAUUCGCUUUAAGAGGGCUGGCAGAGGCACUACAAAUGGAGCUGGAGCACGUGGGGACGAGGGUGGUGAUGCUGUUCCCUCCUGACACCGACACGCCCCAGCUGCAGCAAGAGAACGUAACCAAACCGGCAGUCACCAAAGCCAUCACAGAAGGCAACAAGCCCUUUCCUCCCAUGGCGGUCGCGAGAGCUGCGAUCUCAGCCGUCGAACGCGGAGAUUUCCUCGCUCCUGUCGGAUUCGACGGCUGGAUGCUCAGCAUCGCCACUGCAGGCAUGUCGCCCUGUGUGUCACUCAACAAGCUCUUACUGGAGCUGCUUCUAGCGGGGCCAAUGCGGCUGGUGGCAGCAGCAACAGUGGCGGGCUUUAAUGCGAGUGCGAGGCGGUGGCAUAGAAUCAACCACGGCAGAGGAACCAUGCCAAGCAUGAGCACCUAA